GUUGCAAUUUUGUCGUAGACGUAGAGACGAGACCGAUUCGGAAUCAAACAUCGACAUCGUCAUCGGAAGACGAAAUAUUAUGUAGAUCUAGGUAAAUGUAUGUUGGUGAACAGCUUGCUCGUAUAAAUCGACAGAAGAUGGGGAAGUUCUUGUUAACAUUCGUGCGGCAUGGAGAAACCGAAUACAACAAGAAGAGAUUACUUCAGGGCCAGAUUGAUAUUCCACUCAACGAGCAAGGAAUCAAGCAGGCAGAUGCUCUUGGACGUUAUUUAUCAAACGAGAGAUUUGAUCGCAUAUACUCUAGUGAUUUGAGUCGUUGCGUGCAGACUGCAGAGGGCCUCAUUAGAAAUGCUGCCGUCCCACGACCAAACAUUAUCACCGAUGCAAGACUCAGAGAAAGGCACUUUGGUGAAGACGAAGGGAUGCCGAGAGAUGCAAGAACAAGCAGGGGUAAAAAGGAACCAAACGGAGCAGAAACCAGAAGCCAGGUAAUUGACAGAGGACUGUCAUUUUUUGAAGAACUUUGCCUGGCUGUUCAUAAGGAGUUUGGACACCGGAUGGACGACUCCAGCAAAGACAUGGAGUGCACCUCCGCCGAUGGACAGGAUGAAGAAGUAGAGGAGGGUGAUUCCUUUGAAGUUGUCUUCGCCGAUGACGGAUCCCCAGGAGUUGGUGCUUGCACUGAUGGUGUCACACCAAAUUCAGUAAAUGGGACUGUAGUAAGUCAAAAGGAGGAUGAUGAUGGUGAGUGUGAAGUCAAGAGAACUAAAUAUGAUACAAGUACUACAGACAGGACUUCGGAGACUUCUCAAGAUCUGCGGCUUCAACGUAAGGUAUCAGAUUCGAAUAGAAUAUUGUCAGAUAAUUCUAUUUUCAAGUCCGAUGCAACAUGGAUGAACCACCCACCUCACAACUGUCCCCACAUGUUUGUAUCAUCUCACGGCUACAUGCUGCGUGCCUUGUUCCAAUCUCUGCUGAAACGGUACAAGAUGAUUCUCCCCGGUUCGAAAAAAGUGCUUUGGACGAGAUGCCCAAACACGGGCUUGAGUACAUUUCUCCUUACUCUAGACAGUGAUGGCUUUCCGCGUCAUAUAGAAAACUAUUUCCUGCAUACUGUCAUGCAUCUGGAGGGUAUUGAGUUUAUAUCAGUGAAUGGUAAAUAAUAUACUGGAGGGAGGGUUAGAGGGUGGGGAGAGGGAGAGAAGGGAGUUUAAGGAAUGGAGGAAAUCGUAUGAGAGGGAUGGGGGAGAAUUUAGUUCCAAUCGUCUCCAUAGAGGAUUCUGGCUGACCGUCAUCAAGCUUAGAUGUGGAUGAUAAUUUGGUAUAAUAAUUUGUUCUACUUCUGGAGAAAUACCAUACAUUGUACCUACCUCAAUUUACAUUGUUUGUAUAAGUUUCAUUUGCAAAUAUUGUGAUUAUUUACAACCGUUUUGUUUUGUUCUGUGAAAAUGAAAUAAAGCAAAUUUGAAUUUUAGAGGAAUUUGAAGUAGAGUAGUUAAUGAGUUAAUAAAAAACAAAUUUUAAUAUUCUUCUUAUAGACAACCUUAAAAAUCAGUUAUUAUUACAGUAGAGGAAAGAGAGCGAGAGGGGAUGUUACCAUUGCCUAGGUUACAUAUGUUGGAAGCAUUAUUAUCAAUGUUGUAACUUCCAUGGAAAUCUUGAUCUUCAUUGGCUUUUCAUCAAAUAUUUUCAAGGGUAAAUUUCAAAUUUUUCUAUCGCCAACUCGUCCACCCAUUACAUGGUCUACCUUCAUAUAGUCUAAUGUCGUCUAAUCGUCUAACAACCAUUUGGUCCAAUCAUCACUUUGUCUAAUCACCAGUUCAUCUGUGACCUUUUGGUCUCAUAACCAGUUGGUCUAACAUCCAUUUAUUUUCACUCAUUUUGCCCAAGUAAGACUUAGACCAAUUAGACCAAAGAGUAUAUGAACUAAAUGGCUAUUGGACCAACUGGUUAUUAAAUUAAAUGAUAAGUGACUGAGUGGGCAAAAUGGCGAUUGGACCAUGUGGAUAGUGGACUAAAUGAUAGUAGACAAGUUGGUAAGUGGACGAAUUGGCAUUAGACCAAUUGAAAAUAAACCCGCGACAAGGUACAUGUAGUUCGUGUUCACAGCAGAGUUACCAUAAGUUACCAUCAAUGUUAAAAUAUCUGCAACACAUUUAUUUUUAUUGUGUUAUCCUUGAAUCAGCCAUUAUAUUAUUGUUUACAUCAUUGGAUGAAAUAUUGCACUUUUUUAUUGUUUAUGAUGGACAUGUCCUACUGUAUCACAUAUUACAUUAAUUUCUAAUUGAAAGAGUAAAUCAUUUACAAGCAUUUUGAACAAGUAACCGUAAAGGUAAAAGAAAGUAGUUGCAAUUAUUUAAUGAGAAAGUUUUAAAAAUCAAGGUUAAUUGUCAACUUGUUAUCAUAUCAGAUCUGGUGCAUUGAUGUAAACUUAGCUUUGUAAAAUCAUGAGAUCGAUAAUUCUGAUGAUCACCAACAUAGAAAAGCAUAUGUGGGACAGUGUAUUAAUAUUGCUUGGAAAAAUACCUGACAUUUGAUGGAAUUCCAUGCUUAUUGUGCUAAUUUCUCAGCAAUCACACAUUUGCUUCCAGAGCCAGUUGGUCUUUAUCUUUAAACUAACCUUUUAGAUUUUCAGUUUGACUAAUUAAGGAAGCUUGUAGGAAUUACUGGAUUACAGGAACAGGCAUUUUGAAUACUGGGGAGUGUUUCAUCAACAUUUUCAUCCGACAAGUUGUCAGAUCUGACAUCUUUCUCUGAUGUUGAUUGGCUGAGAGGUACUGUUACUAUGGUAACUGUCGGAUAAAAUGGGACUUGUCGGAUAAAACAUCCGACAAGUCCUUUCAUGAAACGCCCCCCAGGAAUAGGUAACGAUGGACAUUCUUAAAAGUGCAAAAAUUAAUGCCCUAUUUUUAUAGCCCUCUACAUUUUGGAUGAUUUUUACGGUGCCAGGAUAACAAAAACAGAGCUCUCCCCCAGACCCCCCCUCCACCUUGGCAUCAGGUGAAAGGAGCCUUAAACUUAACCUGGGGCCUGUUUUCAUAAAGGAUUUGCAACUGUUGUAACUUUGCCAUUAUGGCAACUACCAUGGUAACCUUGAAUCUGAUUGGCUGCUGAGCCCUGUUACCAUGGUAGUUGUCAUAAUGGCAAAGUUACAACAGUUACAAGUCCUUUGGGAAACGGGCCCCUGAUGAACAAUUGAAGAUUCUACCAGCAUCAGAAGCUUGAUCCGGUAUGUUCUAUGAUUUCUCUCGCAAACGGAUGUUGAAAAAAGAUAAAAUGUCAACACUAUUUUUUACCGUGUUGGCAGUUCUUGACCCAGGCCUCACGGGCAAGACUAGAUAUGCCAUUAGUUCUUCAUGUAACUUUUUGUCUUUUAUAUCAGGGAAAACCAGCAUGCGACCCACUUAGGGGUAACAUAUAGCAGAUGAAUUCCUUAUUUUAAUUCAUACAUUAUGGUUCUUUAUACCCUAUAUUUACAGAAAAAAAAAUUAAUGGGGCAUAAGUUUACGUAUGCCUCCCUGUUGUUGGUGGAAAAAUGACUUGUAAAGAAGGGUUCACAUAAUUAUUGUCUUUCAGGUUAACCUUUAUUUUAUCCAAAUAUAUUUUGCUUCAUAUAUCC